AUGCUCCAUUCAACAUUGGCCUUGUCCCUCCUGCUAAUUGCAGUCUCUUCCAACCUUGCGAUGGCAAUCAAAAAGGAAAAAAGAGCACCUCAGACACUGUCAAGAGGGUGGGGAGAUGAAAUUACCUGGGUACAAACUUACGAAGAAGGGCUUUAUCAAGCAAAAAAAAGUAACAAGCCACUGAUGGUAAUUCAUCAUUUGGAAGACUGUCAAUACUGCCAAGCACUGAAGAAAGCUUUUGCAGAAAAUGAAGAGAUACAGGAAAUGGCCCAAAAUAACUUCGUUAUGCUGAAUCUCAUGCAUGAAACCACAGAUAAAAACCUGUCACCUGAUGGACAAUAUGUGCCUCGAAUCAUGUUUAUAGACCCGUCUCUCACCGUAAGAGCUGAUAUCACAGGAAGAUACUCCAACCGGCUUUACACGUACGAACCACAAGACAUACCAUUCUUAAUAGAGAACAUGAAGAAAGCUCUGCGCCUCAUUCAGACAGAACUGUAA